AAGAGUGGGGAGAAAAAAAAAGGAUGAAGAGCCUCUGAAUCUUCGUUGCCACACACAGACAUAGGACCUUCACCUUGAGCUCUGUGCCUUCUGCUUGCUCGUAUGUCUUCCUCUUGAGCUUCUACGAUCACAUCAAUGGCCGUCGCUCUGAACGCCGGCGCCGGUUUCACUUCUCCGCUUCAUACCAGAUAUCAUCCUGUUCUAAGAUCAUUGGUCAAAGUUCCACCACCAAAGGCCACGCCUUUUGAAUCCAUCUCUUACAUAAAUGGUUCAAGGGGAUUGAUUUCCGACAAAAGAAGAUUGGUCGUAUCUUGUAAAGCCCUUGAUGAUGAUGAUGUUGGUGAAACUCCAUCGCUGUCUGAAACCAGAGAGCCAGGAAAUGGGUCAGCUUCCUCUAGUGAGAUGCAGACCGCCAGCAAGAGAGCUCCUUUGACGGCACGGGAGCGGCUAAGAGCAGCUCGGGUCCUUAGCCGAUACACCGAGACGGCACCAAAACAAUCGUCGAAACCCGAGAUGGGAAGAAAACUGUUGGAUGCGAUGAAGGAGAGCGACAAGAAAGAGAAGAAGAAACCAGGGCUCCCGGAAGCACCCACCAACUUGUUUGAUGAUAGCAAGAGGGGGCUGCCCCAAGGCUUUACCUUCCAGUUCCCAGGAGGCAAUGAAAUUCUAAUCAUUGCGGUUUCCUUUGUGCUCAUAAGCACUGCUAUGUUUGCCACUACUUACCUUGUCUGGAAGCUCGGCGCUAUUCACUUUAAUGAAUAUUAGUCAGAUUUGAAACAAGUUUGAUCGGAUUCCUCAA